AUGUCGGCCUCGGGUUCUGGUGCUGGUGCUGGUGCUGCUGCGCCUGCAGGCGAUGCUCUGAAGAAGGCUUUCCCUCGCGUCGACCUUGAAGGACAUAACCUUCCUCCGUCUCCGGCUCCCUCGAGUCCUCGGACGGGUAAGCGAUAUGCCAUUGCCACAGAGCUUGUAUAUACAGAGGGCAGCGACCAGUACAACGCCAGCAGUGUUCCAAUCUAUCAGAGCGCCACGUUCAAACAGACUUCCGGCAGCGGCGGCGGAGAGUAUGACUACACUCGCUCCGGCAAUCCCACGAGAACACAUCUCGAGCGACACCUCGCCAAGAUCAUGUCCGCGCAGCGGGCACUGGUCGUGUCAUCUGGAAUGGCUGCUUUGGAUGUGAUUUCGCGGCUGCUUCGUCCCGGGGACGAGGUGGUGACAGGUGACGAUCUGUACGGCGGAUCGCACCGACUCCUGAAAUAUCUGUCGACGAACGGUGGCAUUAUCGUCCACCACGUCGACACAACGCAGCCGGAAAAAGUUCGCGAGGUGUUGAGUGCGAAGACGGCCAUGGUGCUGCUGGAGACCCCGACCAACCCUUUGAUUAAGAUCGUCGAUAUCCCGCAAAUCGCGGCGGCGGCGCACGAGCUCAACCCCAGCUGCCUGGUGGCGGUCGAUAACACGAUGAUGUCGCCGUUGCUCUUGAAUCCGCUCGACCUCGGUGCGGAUAUCGUAUACGAGAGCGGAACCAAGUACUUGUCUGGCCAUCACGAUCUCAUGGCCGGCGUGAUUGCCGUCAACGACCUGGCUCUAGGCGAGCGGCUGUACUUCCCCAUCAACGCGUCCGGAUGCGGUCUGUCGCCGUUCGACUCAUGGCUGCUGAUGCGUGGUGUCAAGACGCUCAAGGUUCGCAUGGAUCAGCAACAGACCAACGCCCAGCGCAUUGCCGAGUUCCUCGAGUCGCACGGGUUCAAGGUUCGCUACCCCGGGCUGCGGUCGCACCCCCAGUAUGAGCUGCACCACUCCAUGGCACGCGGAGCCGGCGCUGUGCUCUCCUUCGAGACGGGAGACGUUGGCGUUAGCGAGCGUAUCGUCGAGAGCGCCAAGUUGUGGGCCAUUAGUGUCAGCUUUGGCUGUGUGAACAGUCUGAUUAGCAUGCCCUGCCGCAUGAGCCAUGCCAGCAUCGACGCCAAGACGCGAGCAGAGCGCGCGAUGCCGGAGGAUCUGAUCCGGCUGUGUGUUGGCAUUGAGGACGUGGAUGAUCUGCUUGAUGAUCUGAGACGCGCGCUCGUCCAAGCUGGAGCCGUAAACAUUACCCUGGAUGGCUUCGAGGCGAAUGCGUCUAGCGAUUCCUCCACGUCUGUUUGA